AUGCGUGGCUUCCAUCUCUUCCUCCUUAUUUGUGUACUGCGUAAGUUUUUUCUUUUGGCAGGAACGCCACUUGAAAAUUUUUUUUGGUUUCCUAUUCGAUGCGUUAAAGUCAAUUUAACAUCUAUCUUAUAUCUCUAAACGUUUUUAAUGUCAAAUCUUACUAGAUGGGCCAAAAGGCGGGGACACCCGGAUUGUUUAGUGGCUCCUUGCGACAUCGGUUGAAAUCAAAUGAAAUAUCACUAAAUUAUGUUUGUUUUGUAGAGUUUUCCGACCAAAAAAUAUUUUUCAUGGGAUUUUUUUAUUUUUUUAUGUCAAUUUUGACAUUUUUUUGGACGGAAUUCUUUCUGUUUCGGGUUGCCGUCCGCACCAUGGAGAGCGUGCCUUAUGAAAAGGGUAUUUAUUCACUGUUGUUGAUGUUGAUUGCUUGACCCACCCAUUAGUCUGUCGGGAAAAUAAUGAGCACUCUAUCGCAUCGAAAAUUGCAUCGCCGCCAAAAGACAACCAGGGCAGCGACAUUAUGCUCAUUAUUUUCUUAACAUACUGAUUGGACUUUUUAAGUCAUCAAUUUUCCUGCCGUAUCCGAGAACAUCAUCCUCGAGAAGAGGAAGAUAAUUGGCUUCGAAAAUUUUUAUUUACUCCGCAUUUACGCGUAUUACAUUCCUCUUUUCAGUCCUUGCCAUCUCCCUGUCCGAAUCCAAAAUCCACGCUCGCGAUGUAGCAGCGCCUUCAGCCGCGCACGGCAUCACGAAACACCAGCCUCACCGUCAAAACAAACGAAAAAACGGCGGUAAAAAAGGAGGGAAAGGAAAAGGGAAGAAGGCUCGCAAGAACGGCAAAGGCAAGAAGAACCGGAAGGGAAAGAAGCACGGAAACCGGCAGUAG